CUGUGUUUACUUACAGCUUAGCAUUUUCGUCCCGCCGUUCCGGUCACAACGUCCCGCGAUGUUUUCCGCGCGCGGGCUCGGUCUGCGCUGCGGUCUCCUCACAUGGACACUCACCUUGUUGCUUUCAAGUACAGUUGAUGUCACAACAGCCAACGGUGAGAAUGCGGCAGUCCGUGAAGCUCGCUCGCUCGGCGGCCAGUCACUGGUUCAGCCAGUCGACUGUGUUCUGUCAGAGUGGAGUCCAUGGUCACGCUGCGACGUUUGCCAGGGGAAAAGGUACCGCUAUGCCAAAUUGAGCCAGCCAUCACAGUUUGGAGGCGAGCCGUGCCAUUUACAAGGCAGGGAGGAGAAAAGCUGCGAGGUUCCAGCACGUUACGCCUGUAACAACAUUCCACUCUGCGAAGGUUUCCUUUGCAGCCAAACAGGUCGCUGUAUUCCGAGAACGCUGCAGUGUAACGGGGAGGAUGACUGCGGUGACAUGUCAGACGAAGCAGGAUGUGGGAAGAGCCAAAAGCCUUGCAGAUUCGAGGCCGAGGAGUACUGGGGCAUCGAGAACCUUGCCAAGGGAAUCAACAUCUUGAAUAGCAAUUUGGAGGGAGUUGUUCUUGAUAACCGAUACUACGCCGGCAGUUGUUUGCCUCACUACAUCCAGGAUGUCCGAUUCCGGAAACCUUUCAACUUGCAGCAGUACACUCUGCAGACAAAAGGCUCGUACGAUUUCACUCUGGAGGCUUUUGAGUCGUACUCCGACUACAUGGAUCACACCAUUAAGGAGCGCACGACCCAAACCAUCGUUUCCACCGGCUUUGCUAUUCCGGGCAUCGUCGAAUUUGGCUACAACAACAACAAGGUCAAAUACUCCAAGUCGGUCCAGAAGAUUCGUCGGGCCGCCGGAAAAUCUUACAGCUUCAUCAGGGCCAAAGCCGAACUGGAGUUGGCCCAGUACAUGCUCAAGUCAGACGACUUGAUGCUGAGCACGGAGUUCCUGCAGCGCCUUCGCUCCCUGCCUCAGGCCUAUGUUUACGGCGAAUACAGGCAGAUUUACAGAGACUACGGCACACACUACAUCACGGAGGCCGCCCUGGGAGGGGACUUUGAGCACACCAUCAUCCUGGACAAAGAAAAGCUUGCGAAAACAGAUUAUUCUUUGACGGACUACAAAUCAUGCACGCAGUCUGGAUUUAAGGUCGGCGCCAACAUAUACGGCGUUUACGUGUCUGUGGGAUUUCAAGGGGGCUCCUGCGAUGGUCUCCUCAAUGAGAUGGGAGAGGAGACCUCGGCUGGUAGCAUGGUGGAAGACAUCGUGGCGGUGGUACGGGGAGGUAGCAGCGAAUCCAUCACUGCUUUGGUGUCCCAGAAGCUUCCCUCCCCGCAACUGAUGAAAUUAUGGGGCGAGGGAGUACGCUUCAAUCCAGACUUCCUUCGCAGAACGACUCGACCUCUGUAUGAGCUGAUCACCUCCAGAGACUUCGCCCAUGACAGCAUCUUGAAGAGAAAUCUGAAACGGGCGCUGUUCGAGUACCUGGAAGAGGCCAGCUCAUGUCGAUGCGCUCCCUGCCGCAAUAAUGGAGUGGCGGUACUCAGAGGCUCCAGAUGUGACUGCGUGUGUCCAGUUGGCUACAGCGGCCGCGGCUGUGAGGUCACGCACAGACAAAAAGAAAUCGCCAUCGAUGGCAGCUGGAGCUGCUGGGCUUCCUGGUCCUCCUGCAGCGGAAGAACAAAGACGAGGAGUCGCCAGUGUAACAACCCGGCACCGAGCGCUAACGGCCUGCCGUGCAGAGGCUUGCGACAGGAGUCCACCGAAUGCUUUUAAAAUUGCCCAAUUGGCACAAAUCCAGUCACUUUCGAUUUGAGAAUGCUGUUGAAUCAAGAUGUGUGAAAAAUCCAAAGUGAAAAAUAACACCGAUUUUUAAUCAUGAACUCAUUUGCUAUGUAAAUGAUCCGUUGGGUGUGUAGCGCUUCAUGUCGCUGGCUUGCUAUUGAUUUUCUGUCAAAUGCUCCAUUCCCAAUGAAAUUGCAAGUGCUGGCAAUCACGCGAAGGUACUAGCCAGCUAUACUUCAGCCCAUUAUCCUGAACAAGAUACGGGGUCCAGAUAAGAGAAAUAGCCCAAAGCAUCAUGGCUGCCGUAGGAUACCUUGAGAACUUGCUGUAUUGGAUUUUGAUCAGAUUAUAGACA